CUUCUUAUCUUUUAUCUCUCUCUCUGUGUUCCUGUUCCCGUUUCUAGCCUUCAAUUCAAUUCAACCUCACAUCCAUGCCGGGUCUCGCCGUCAAGUCUCCCCCCGAUGCCCCUCCCCUCCGUAUCUCACUUCCCGAACAACAACAACAACAACAACCAUCAUCCACUUCCAUUCCUCCCCGCACCCCCAAUAAAAAGCUCCUUCCUUCUCCCUCUCCUUCCCGAUCUAAACCCUCUCCUGCUCGCUCUUCCAAAAAGCCCCCACCUGAUGAUGAUUCCUCCCUCGACAACCCCGAUCUCGGUCCCUUCUUGCUCAAGCUCGCCCGCGAUACCAUUGCUUCCGGUGAGGGUCCUACUAAGGCUCUGGAUUAUGCCAUUCGGGCUGCUAAAUCAUUUGAGAAGUGUCAGCUCGAUGACCAACCCAGCUUGGAUCUCGUCAUGAGCUUGCACGUGCUCGCCGCCAUCUACUGCAGCUUGGGCAGGUUCGACGAGGCCGUGCCAGUUCUGGAGCGGGCAAUUCAGGUGCCUGACAUAAGUCGGGGGCCGGAUCAUGCACUUGCGGCGUUUUCGGGGAAUAUGCAGCUGGGGGAUACCUACUCCAUGCUUGGACAGGUGGACAAGUCUAUUGCCUGUUAUGAGGAAGGCCUCAAGAUUCAGAUCCAGACACUCGGAGAGACCGAUCCCAGAGUUGGCGAGACUUGCAGGUACUUGUCUGAGGCCCAUGUUCAAGCAAUGCAAUUUGAUAAAGCAGAAGAAUUGUGCAAGAAAACUCUUGAAAUUCAUCGUGCCCACAGUGAACCAGCAUCUCUUGAAGAGGCAGCUGACCGCCGCCUGAUGGCCCUCAUAUGUGAGGCAAAGGGUGAUUAUGAAGCGGCACUUGAACACCUUGUCCUUGCCAGCAUGGCAAUGAUUGCAAAUGGACAGGAGAAUGAGGUUGCUGCUAUUGACCUUAGCAUCGGCAACAUUUAUAUGUCUCUAUGUCGCUUUGACGAAGCUGUCUUCUCCUAUCAGAAGGCACUUACGGUAUUCAAAUCAUCAAAGGGGGACAACCACCCUUCAGUUGCCUCUGUCUUUGUACGCCUUGCUGACCUAUACCAGAGGACAGGAAAGCUCAGAGAGUCAAAGUCAUAUUGUGAAAAUGCUCUGCGGAUAUACACAAAACCUGUGCCUGGAACCACAGCAGAAGAGAUUGCUAGUGGCUUAACAGAAAUCUCAGCCAUAUAUGAGUCUGUGGAUGAGCCUGAGGAGGCACUGAAGCUCUUGCAGAAGGCAAUGAAGUUAUUGGAGGAUAAACCAGGACAGCAAAGCACCAUUGCUGGAAUUGAAGCACGAAUGGGGGUGAUGUUUUACAUGAUAGGGAAGUAUGAGGAAGCACGGGCCUCUUUUGAGAGUGCUGUGGCAAAACUUCGAGUUAGUGGGGAGAGGAAAUCAGCUUUCUUUGGAGUUGUGUUGAACCAGAUGGGAUUGGCUUGUGUACAGUUAUUCAAGAUUGAUGAGGCUGCUGAGCUGUUUGAAGAGUCAAGAAGGAUACUAGAGCAGGAGUGUGGUCCAUGUCAUCACGAUACCCUUGGAGUAUAUAGCAAUCUUGCUGCAACUUAUGAUGCUAUGGGCAGGGUUGAAGAUGCAAUUGAGAUCUUGGAGAAUGUUCUGAAAUUGAGAGAGGAAAAGCUUGGAACUGCAAAUCCUGAUUUUGAAGAUGAAAAGAGUAGGCUGGCUGAGCUUCUGAAAGAAGCAGGCAGGGCCAGAAACAGAAAGGCAAAAUCACUGGAAAAUCUCAUUGAUCCCAACUCAAGGAGGAUGAAGAAGGAUUCGACAAAGAAAUGGGGGUUUAGACUUUGAAAGCAAUCUACCGACGACAUAUCUAUUCACUUUUCAACACAUGCAGUGCACAUUAUGUAACAUAGAAAAUGAUGUAUAGUGUCAAGAGCUGGUAAUUGCGUGAGGUUUCCUUAUUUUUCGAGAGAUGAAAUCCUCAUUUUUAUUUUUAUUCCUGUUGUCAAUUGUUUUGUCAAUUGUUUUCUUUUGUUUUUUUCUUUUAAAUGUCUGAUGUGCUGUUGAAAUUUGGAAAAGAAACUCUUGUUUUGAUUGAAUGAAGUUGAUGAUGACUU